UAACCAACUCGAUCAAUCAUUUUGUAAAGUGAUACAUUCGUUUAUAAAGCUUUUACUUUUGAUAUAAUUUACAAUGGAGAAAUCGGAUAAUCAACGAAAUAUUGAUGGUUGUUUGUUAACUCUUCCCGAAGGACUGAAGGAAUUGAUGUCUGACAUUACUAGAGAAGUGCUAAGAGCACAGCCGCAAAACGUCUACGGAUUCAUAGCGACCUACCUAUCAGCUUUGCUUGACGUACGAAAGAACAUAUCCAUUGCUAGCCAAGUAUGCGACGACAUCAGCAACUGCACUUGUCACCCAGAAUUGGACGAAGAAUUAAGAAAUAUUGGUCUCAUAGACGAAGACGUAGAUGCUGCAAUGAAAGUUGUUAAAAAGUUUUUCGAGACUGGAGGUAAAGAAACAACACUUUUCAAUCAAUUAAUAAGGAAGACCAGUAUAGAGGAGUACCAACUGAAACAUGUACAAGGAGCAGUUCAAAGAGCGUUUCAAAAGCACCGCUUGAAUCAGUGUGGGUUCUACAAGGCACAAGAGGAGACCUCCGAACACAAAUGUGUAGACAACGUAUCAUCUAUAUCGCUAGCCGGUUCAUUCGUAACUUUACCAAGAAAUACCCCUUAUUCAGCAUUUACUGAUACUCUAUCAGACAUAUCAGAAAGAACCUAUGAUACUCACACAUCUCAAUAUCAAGAGUCAAAGGAAAAUGAACCUUAUAGCAUAAGUACGGUGGACAAAUCUAAAGUAUUGGACAGAGAUAAUGUAAUUAGGUUCAAAACUGAAAUUGUCAAAUAUAUCAAUGAUGAUGAACUGGAUAUAGAAGAAUUGAUAGAUGCAGGAACGACUGAAGUUGAAUCGGACGCUUUGUCUGUUAAAACUGAUUCUCAUUUGGAUUCUACAAGCAGUGAAGAAUAGAAUAUUGCUAUUGAAAUACAAACUUAGAUGUAUACUAUACUUAUCUAUACUAAUAUUAUACAGUUUGUUUGCUUGAACGCGCUAAUCUCAGGAACUAUUGGUCCGAUUUGAAAAAUUAUUUCUGUGCUAGAUAACCCAUUUAUCGAGGAAGGAAUAUGCUGUAUUAUAUCAUCACGGGUAAAACCAUGGGGCACGGCUAGUUUACUAUUAAAACACAAACCUACAGGUAGAGUUAGUAACUUGAUAUUUUGUUCGUAUUUUGUGCAAUUUUGGAUGACAGU